AAAGUAUUUACGUUUAACAUAUCUGGAACGGAGUAUUGUUUACAACUGAUAUGAUAUGUCACUGGCCAAAAGAAGUCGUGAUAUAUUUGCGCAGUAGGUAUUUAAUUGACAGUUGUAGACGACAGGUUGCUCUUUUGACGUCACGUGGCGGGCUUAAAUAAAGGGGGAGAUUGAAUUUUACUACAGCUGUCAGUAUGGUUUAGUGAGUAGUUUCUGAUGGAUAGUGAAGCAUAAAAUACACGUAGUUCUUGUGAACCACUAAUUCAAUCGCCUACAAUUAUCUAUUGAAUGAAAAUUUACGACGGUUAAAUCACUCAGCUAUAUGCUGACACUACGAAUUAACUUUCUUAACCUAAAAAUGUGUUAGUAUGCACUUUGCAAAGUCACUGUGCUAUAGCCUUCUUUCGAAUACUCUCAGAGUUUCGUAAAUUUUUAGUGAAACUAUCUUAAAUUCUACGUUGAAGUAUCUCAGAAAUGGCCAACAAGUUGGAACAUCUUAGGAUAUACUUUGUCACAUGGAAUGUGGCAACUACAUAUCCUGAACAAGAUUUACAGCAACUUUUGAAUGUUAGUCACAAUAAUUCUUCAAAAGUAAUGCCAGAUUUAUAUUUUAUUGGAUUGCAGGAGGUCAAAGCUCAACCACAAAAUAUGGUAUUAGAUAUGAUUUUUGAUGAUCCAUGGACUAAAUCUUUUAGGGAUGUCCUGAAAAAAUAUGAUUAUGUGAAAGUACGUACACAGCGCCUACAGGGUAUAAUUUUAAGUGCAUUCUGCUUACGAAAACAUAUUACAUAUUUGAGAUUAAUUGAAGCGCAAUAUACGAGAACAGGGUUGGGGGGCAUAUGGGGUAACAAAGGUGCAGUUAGUAUAAGAUUAAAUAUAUACGGUGUCAGCGUAUGCAUUGUGAAUACACAUUUGACACCUCACGAUCAUUUAUUGUUAUACAGAAUAGCAGAUUACAAUACAAUACUCACAAACCAUACUUUUAAUUGCCCGGAUACUUCCAAAAUAUUAUAUCAUGAUUAUGUAUUUUGGAUUGGUGAUUUAAAUUUUCGGCUAAAUGGAGAAGAUUUAACUGCAGCAAAUAUCAACGUUUUGGUUAAAGAAAAUCAAUUGAAAUGUUUGCUAGACAGAGAUCAAUUAAAACUGGUGAUGGAAAAAGGCGAGGCUUUUGCGGAAUUGAAUGAAAGUGUUAUUACAUUUCCACCUACUUACAAAUAUGAAUUUGCUUCUCAAGAAUUUGAUCUUAAACGUAGACCGUCUUGGACUGAUAGAAUACUGUACAAAGUAAAUGCAGAUGUGUACGAUGAUGUGAAGCUUAACGCUAUUCAACAUAACUAUAAAAGUCAUCCCAGUUAUAUACAAUCAGAUCACAAACCUGUCACAGGAGAAUUUGAUAUCGUUGUCAGACCUAUGGUGGUAGAUCAUGGUGUAGAAUUCCAACCUGUAACACAAUGGUUCAUAGAUGAAGAAAAUUUUGUAUCGUAUAGACUGUUGGGGGAUACUAAACCCACUGAUAACGACUGGGUUGGUCUCUUUCAUAACCAUUUUUCUAGCUUAGACGAAUAUAUUGUUUAUGAAUAUGUGGGCAGAGGUAAAUCAUCUUCAGUUCCUUGUGAACCCCAUAUAAUUACAGAACGAAUAUACUUUAGUGAUACUGCCCUACGGUCACCGGGAAUGUAUCAAUUGGUUUAUGUUGCUCAAAGAGGGAAUUUGGUAGGAAUUUUAGGCGUUAGUCCACCAUUUCCAGGUCACCACAGACCUACUUGACGAAAUUUUUCGUUGAAUGUAACUAUGACAGUUUUGUUAUAUAUAAUCACGACAGUACAUCUCAAAAGUAUAUAAUAAUUGUGUACUCAUAUAGAGUACUUAAUAAUCAAGUUUGUGCAAACAUUAAAUGUUUUUAUAAUUAGUAUGAAUUGCUUCGUUUGAACUUUUAACUCUUUGAAGUCCAAUAUUUUGUACCAUUUUACAAAAUAUUAAAGUAGUUUCUCUGUUAAUUUUAAACAUUGUCUGCUACACUAUUUUAUAAUCAUACUUCAUUGACAAGAAAAAAAGAAUAUACAUACAAAAUUUAAUUAAUAUAAUUUAAUAUGCUUGUGGAUGUGUUCAAUCGAACUUAUUAGUAUAUAAGUAUUAGUACUUAUUAAGGUUUAAUUUUUCAUAUAAAAGGACUACAAAGAGUUUAAAUGUGCUGUGAUGUUGCAUAUUAUUGCUUUACCAAAAUUCAAAGAGUGCAUAUUUAUUAAGCAAUUUAUUUGGAAAUUGCAGCUAUAAAGUCAAGAAAACUGUUUUACAUGUUACUGUAUUUUUCAGUAAAUAUUGUGCAUUUCUCAGAAUACUGUUAGUAAAUUUCAUUUGUAUAUAGUUGUAUUUUUAAACAGCUUUUUAUUUAUUUUAAUCGGACAUUAAUGUUUUAUAAAAUUCAAUAUAUACAUUCCAGAAUUCUGGAAUUGCAGAGUAUCUAUCGAAUCAUACAGAAAUAUUUAUUGAGGUGUAGAACAAGUGUAAAACUUUAUUUAGAAUUUACAAAAUAGUUCACAAAUAUCAUAUCACAAUUGCUAUUCUUAUUAAUGUACGAAAGUUACUUUUGGUACCUGGUUUUUGCUGGUGGGUUAUUACCCUAAAGCAUUAGUACUUAUAUAAGUGUUUUACGCUUUAGAGCUUAAAAGAAUGUGCUAAUGUGUUUCUGUACAUAUAUAUAUAUAUAUAUAUAACCCUAGAUAACUAAGCAUUCGUCUAAAUAGUCUACCGACCUUCGCCAUUUUUGCGAAUUUGAAUUCGGGAGCAUUACUUUUGAACGCUUUUCUAUUUUUUAGUUAAAAGCUAAUAAUAUAUGUCUUAAGGAGUCAUACUUUGUUUGAAAGAAAUAGAAGAAAUACAAAAAUAUCCAUGUCUUUAAUUUGUAGGCUAUGAGUCGGACGUUUAGUUAUAGAGUAUCUCUGAUUUAAGUUUAGUUAUUUAGGGUUAAUAUUCGAGUGCAAUCGCAAACAAUAAUUUAAUACGAGUUUAAACAUUUUUUGACUAGGUUGCAGAAAUUGCUACAAUGGUUUAAUUAUACAAACCUAUGUAUUUUAUUUCUAUAGUGCGUAGAAACGCAUGAAAAUGAACAAAUGUACACUAUAGCAUAGAUGGGGAUGCAAAUAAAAAAUAAUAUUUUUUACUUGUUAA